CCCACAGCGCCCGCCUGCCCGCGGCCGCACAGGAGCUCGUGCAGCCCCAAGCUCCGCUCGCACGCCCGCGCCCGCGCUCGCGCUCGCCCCGCGGCUCCACGGCCCGGUCUUAGGUCAGCACCGAAUCUCAGAAGGCAAAGACAAGUUCUUUGACGAUGUCGUACAGACGAGAACUGGAGAAAUACCGUGACCUGGAUGAAGACGAAAUCCUCGGAGCCCUGACAGAGGAAGAGCUCAGGACUCUGGAGAACGAGCUGGAUGAGCUGGACCCUGACAAUGCACUGCUGCCUGCAGGCCUGAGGCAGAAGGAUCAGACCACCAAGGCGCCCACGGGCCCCUUUAAAAGGGAGGAGCUCUUGGAUCACUUGGAAAAGCAAGCAAAGGAGUUUAAGGACCGAGAAGAUCUGGUCCCCUACACAGGGGAAAAGCGAGGCAAAGUCUGGGUCCCCAAGCAGAAGCCAAUGGACCCCGUGCUGGAGAGUGUGACGCUGGAGCCGGAGCUGGAGGAGGCCUUGGCGAACGCCUCGGACGCCGAACUCUGCGACAUCGCAGCUAUCCUGGGCAUGCACACGCUCAUGAGCAACCAGCAGUACUACCAGGCCUUGGGCAGCAGCUCCAUCGUGAACAAGGAGGGACUCAACAGUGUGAUUAAACCAACACAAUACAAGCCUGUGCCCGACGAAGAGCCCAACUCGACCGAUGUGGAGGAAACGUUAGAGCGGGUGAAGAGAAACGACCCAGAACUCGAGGAGGUGAACCUCAACAACAUCCGGAAUAUCCCCAUACCCACCCUCAAGGCAUAUGCAGAAGCCCUGAAAGACAACUCCUAUGUGAAGAAGUUCAGCAUUGUGGGGACACGCAGCAAUGACCCUGUGGCAUUUGCACUUGCUGAUAUGCUCAAGGAGAACAAGGUGUUGAAGACACUGAACGUGGAGUCCAACUUCAUUUCUGGAGCCGGGAUCCUGCGCCUGGUGGAAGCCCUUCCACACAACACUUCUCUGGUGGAGCUGAAAAUCGAUAACCAGAGCCAGCCCCUGGGCAACAAGGUGGAAAUGGAGAUCGUGAGCAUGCUGGAAAAAAACACGACACUUCUGAAGUUCGGCUACCACUUCACCCAGCAGGGGCCCCGGCUGCGGGCAUCUAAUGCCAUGAUGAACAACAACGACCUUGUGAGGAAGAGGAGGCUUGCAGACUUGACCGGGCCCAUCAUUCCCAAGUGCCGGAGUGGAGUCUAGUGCAUGGCGGUGACGACCCUGCCCUUGAACUGGACGUGCUCUCCUGACAAUCUGUGCUCUGCUGCAGGAACCAGAAGGCAGAGUGCUGGCACAAAACCCUUUUGUGGUUCAGUUCUUUAUGCACUAAGGUUUUAGGUUAACUAGUGGUUAUAGUUGAACAUUUUAUAAACUAUGGUUAAUGUGAAGUUUUUCUUUAGUCACAGUUCAGUCUGGCUAUUAUUUAAAAACUAAGAAGCCCCUGAACCGGCAGGUCUUACUGAAGAUGACAUUAUAGCAGCAGUGACUUAGCCCCACAAGCCCGGGCUCAGCGGCCUUGCUAUGUGGUGUUGCCGGUGUCCUUAAAGCGCAUUAGCUCACGAACGAGCAGCACACUCUUCUGCGUGGUUUAGAGAGUUAUGAAAUACUUUGUUACAAAUCUGAUCUUAGUUACUAUAGCAAACAGAACAGGUUCUUUAUUAACCCUCCUUUAAAGUUUAAGAACCUCGAGAUUAAAGUUGCCAAAUUGCUUCUGGGAUCAAGAACACAAUUUUUCCCCUGAAGACAGACAGACCAAAGCCACAGAGCUCUGCCAGGAAUCGAAGAACACGAGAUUCCUUUUGCUGGUGACAAGGAAAUGACAGAAAAGCCAGCGGUGAAAUUCCAAGUUCCAAAACCCUCCUUUCUUUACCAGGCAACAAGCAGCGCCUUGAGUGUUAUCUAUGACAUCUGGGGUUUAUUUACAACUUAAUACCGAGUCAGAAUUUUUUUCUUUAUCGAAUGCCAACCUUACGCUGGAUGGGAGAACCUAUGGCCAAGGCCUUGCAAACGCCUUCCUACACUGCAUGUGGGCUAACGGCCUACGUGAGGUCACAUGUCAGACGGGUACGUUUCUGGUCCACCUCGGCUGUGCUGAGACUUCCACCAGCUGUGGCAGCAUCUACCAGGCAAGUCACCGCUAAUCUCAUGCCUGUGAAAAUUAAGCCUCUGAAGGCCAGUAGUGCAGACCCAGACAUUACAGAAUUAGGAGCCCUGGCCAAACCACCCCAAGAUUAUUUUGAACGUGUAAUUUUGGUGUUUCUGCCACAUCCCCUUUUACAUCACAUGUACUUCUUGGGACCCAGUGACAAUGUGAAGCCACGAUGCCCUCGUGCCUUUUACCACACACACCGCGGUGCCAGUUGGGCGGCGCUCCUGAUGCCCGGGGGGUGAGACUGGACACACCCUCAGAGAGGAGGCCAGAGAGUGGGCGGCACAGACUAGCUGCAGAGCACCGAGCAGACAGGCUUCCGAUGACAAAGGGGUCUGGCACACUGAGCCGCAACGACGUGGGCAGUGCAGGGGAACCCGAGGCAGUGUCGCCGAGGCCGCACGUGGGCCCAGGAGUGGCACCGUGCUGCAGGGCCAGCCACCCCACCGGCUUCUCCUUGAAACACACCUGCAGCCGCACUCUGCAUCACUGGAAACCGCAGCGUAACAUUAAAUCCGUGGGUCUAUGCA